AUGUUGAAGGCCGCCCUCGUAAAUCAAGAAUUUUUGGAGACAGCAAAAUUACUUCCAAGUACAUUUAGCAGGAUAUUGGAUGUUGUGAAUAGUGACAACCUUUCACAGGCAAUAGAAUACUAUUGCAAUUUUGUCAGAGAUGCUCACACCGAAAAAGAUCGCCUUCGUGACCUAAAAAGGAAGUGGAAAACGGAUCGUAACCUUUUAACCCUACAACUUGAAACUCGAAAAAUUGAACCGGAUCAGAAUUGCUUUGGUGAAGAAAAUGACCGUGUAGCUGUGGUAUUCUCUUUCUUCUAUAUUGAAUCCGGAAUGCUUACAAGUUGCCUUGGUGCCUAUAGAUUUUCCAUUUCUUGGUCCAGAUUGAUACCGAAUGGUAGAGGACCCGUCAAUCCGAAGGGGCUUAAGUACUACAACAAUCUCAUCAAUGAACUCAUUAUCAAUGGUUUUGUACAGGAUGAGAGUCCUUAUGCAGAAAAUGGAAAAGGGCACAUAUUUUUUCGAAUUCUCCAGGCCUUUGAGGACUAUGGAUCAUCUGCGACAUAUUACAACUUAGAAACCUAUAUGCCGCAUUCUGAAGUGCAGUGA